UUUCUAAUUUUUAUAGCCCUAAUUUCAAUUCUUACAUUGUGUGAUUGUAAAAUUUGCCCGAAUUGCCCCUUAAUCCUUAUGAGAGUGAGAUGGGCUUAUGCAAAUGCCAGAAGAAAAAGGUCACUAAUCAGUUUUGUUUUGAGCACAGAGUAAAUGUUUGUGAACAUUGCAUUGUUGCUGAUCAUUCUCAAUGCAUUGUCCAGUCAUAUCUACAGUGGCUCAAUGACAGCCAGUAUGACCCUACCUGCCUUCUGUGCCGCACACCAUUAGAUGGACAGCCAUGCAUCAGACUAGUUUGUUAUGAUGUAUUCCACUCGUCAUGUCUGGAGAGAUGGGGCUCAUCUCACCCGCCACACACAGCACCAGCAGGAUUCCUGUGCCCACACUGCAGGGCGCCCGUGUUCCCCGCUCAGCAGUUGGCCUCGCCAGUGGCACUGGCACUUAAAGAAGCUCUGUCCUCUUGGCAUUGGUCCAGGAAAGCCAUGGGCACUUUAGACAAUGCAGAAAAUAUUUCGAAUUUCUACUCUCUUCAACAAAAAGAUGGCGUUGUGACAGUGAUGGAGAAUUCCACUUCAGCCCAUCGCACCCAAACAGAAGAAUCUUUAACCACUUACACUGAAGUUGUUGCUCCCAAGAAAUCCAUGCAGAAUACAUUGGUUGCCGCCAACACCUCGACACCCGAUCCUGAUGACAUGAAAUAUGGCAGGCGACCUGCUAAAGUCUGGUUCAGUAGAUGGUGGAGGAAUCAUCAGCCAAUAGGAGCCUGCACAGCACGCGUUAGCCUGAAGCGCCGUCUAGUGCUGCUCUGUCUCCUCGCCAUGUGUUUGCUGCUCGUGUAUCUCCUUGUCAAGAGGAAGAGUGCAGCGGACGACAACGUGUAUCUCGACCCAAUAUUUGAUCCAAUGAAUAACCCUAAUAUCCGCGUGCAACAUGAGGCAUGAUGGCAGAAAAUUGUGCUUAUUUCUGUUUCUUUAAUCCAGAAUAUAUUUAUCCGCCACGCUAGAAAUAACUUUUUGACAUAAAAAGCCUUGCCUCCCUUAACCUUCAUUAAUGGUUAUUUAGUUACUGCGUCAUACAUGAAAUCGUAUUCGUUUGCAAAUUUAAAAUGAAUUCAUACAUAUCAUUGCAGAUUCUGAGAGAUAACAACCUUCUAUUUUAUUCACUGAGCUAGAUUCACCUGGCCAUAUUUGUCGGAUGGAACAUCAAUGAUAAUGAUUCUUGAGAUAGAUAAUUAAAAUGCAGUAUUCUCUCAUUAUUUUACAACAAAAUAUUUCAUACUCCAUUCAAAACAAAUAUAACUCUUAUUCCCUCUAUUCGUGAGAAUUAGUAGUUAUUCCGAAUCAUUGUUAGUUUAUACUAUGGGUAUCAACUUCUUGACCAAUAAUAACGGAAGAAUUCUGAUUGACUUAACUACCUGAAUUAUAACUUGGGUCAAGCUUUUAUAUGUGUAGCUUGUUAGUUGUAUCUUUGCAUUCCUUUUCUGUUAUGUGCAUGCGGGCGAUUGAAACCUGUUAGACUUGCUGCGUGUAUCUAUCGUCGCUUCUGUUGUUCACUUGUUCGUUGUUAACCUCACUAGGAUGCAAACGCUUACAUAUAUUUUCACUCGCCAGCUAGAAGAAGCUGGUCGUUUGAAACACGUGGUGAACGAUUAUUUUAUACAAGAGAUAUGUCGCGGUCGGGAUCUACAACUUUAUUGACUUGCUUUCAACUUCAAUAACUAGCAUUUACGCUCUAGUUCCCGCAUAUGACACUCCAUCUAAUUCGAUUCAUCAUAAUCAUAGUCAAUCAUAUUUUGAACAUACAUAUUAUGCAGCUCUACCAGUUAAUUAUUUUAAAGCUUGAGAUUUGUUUCCAAAAUAAAAACGACAUGUAUACCCAU